AUGGCAACCUUGACACUUGGUGAUCGUUUUUGGCGGCUUCGUCCCGCUCCUACUGAAAUCGUGUUUGGUAGGAUUGCGCGUCGCGAGUGAAAGCGGUGGUGGCCAUUCUGUAAAAUCUCUCUUUCGAGGAGUUUGGCAGUAUCGGAGUCGGUAAAAUAUUCGUCGCGCUUCACGCUACGGAUAUUAUUUCGUUUUCUCCAGUUUCUUUCCGCGAUUGGAAAUUCGCCGUGUUUGUAGCACCCAGUGUGAAAUACUAUUGUUCGGUAAAAUAAAAAGAAAUAUAUAAACGCGACAAGCCACAACAAAUAUCUUGCGCGUUUAUCGAGAAUCGAGGGAAAUAAACAGUUAAGGUUAGACAACCGUGAAAUUAUAAUAGAGAUUGUACUACGUUUAAGUAAGAUAUGUAUUUUAAGGAAAUUCUACUCGUUCCAAGAAAUUUGUGCCCAUUAAUUUUCUCUCGUAUGAUAUUUCUAUAUUGUACGGUUUGAUGACCUGAUUCUUUUUUUUUGUUUAAGCAUCAACAAUGAAAACAAACUAUGCUAUAUAACUGUCUCAACAUGUGUCUAUGUGAAUGUGAACUGCAUGUACGUGCAAACAUAUGUGAAGGCUAAAUGAUUCUUAUUUUCAAGCGAAUUUAAGAAAGAACGAUUCGUUUAAAUCUUGCAAAAGAAGGAAAAACGGAAUUUCUUUGCCGGAAUUACGCAGGAAUUAUCCGACACGAUAUUGCGAGACUUUUUUCCUUUCAUCCACGCUUUAGAUAGGAAAGUCGGAACAAACCGAGAUUUUAAACUAUUUUAUCUAUGAAAGUAUUUUUAUAAAGAUAGUCACUUGUUUAUGCGUUGAUUGCGUAUUAAUAUGAAAUGCUGCUUGUUUACAUUACAUACAUUUAUAUUUUAUAUAAAAUCCACGUUCGAAAAAUAAAUAAUGAAUUGAUUCGUAUAUUUACGAUUAAUAUGAAUCUGUUACUUCUUAUAUGCGCAGAAUUUUGUAAAAAAGUUCCACAUUAAAUAACGAGUUAAUUUAUAAAAUACUGUAGUCGAACGAAAUAAAAAUUAAUGAUAUUGCGCUAUCAAGUCGGACAAUUUCUUUCAGAAAUAUAUUAUUAGCUGCAUGCAUACAGAACGCAAAUGCUUUAGUUCUGUUUGAACUUAUAACCCACUGUUAAAUUGUUGAAAUCUUUUUGUAGAUGUGAAUCUUAAAUACACGUUUACCGAAAACAAUACAAAAAAACAAAUUUCGUGUGACUUCUAUAUUUGCAUGUAGAUGAUUAUUGUCACAUAUGACAAAUUGUUAUCAUCACGGAAGAUGCAUCUUACAUAGUGUUACAUACAAAACUGUUACAUAGUGUAUAGACACGGUCGUGAAGUUUGUACACACAAAAGAGAAAAAAAAAACAAUGUUCGUGUGAGACCUGUAACAGUGUGCGUCUAUUCUGCAUAUCAUAAAUCGAAUACUACUUCUAUAAAAACAGGUGAGUUUUCAAAUUGUAUAAUGGUAAUAAUAUGUUUAAUCGUAUACAUGUUUAAACGUAUGCGUGCGUCGAAACUUACUAUACGAAUAUAACUACGAAUAUUCAUGAAAAAAAAAUAAGGUCCCGAUUUCAAAAAUUAAUAAAUAUAAAUUUUGUACGAUUUUAUUUUUUUAUUUUGAGUAAUUUAUCUAAGAAUUAUGCUCAUCUUAAUAUCAUGAAAUAAAUAAAAAUUGUUGAACAAAAACAUAAAUGAUUUUAAUAAAUCGUUUACCAAGUAAGCCUUACUAUUAAUCUGUUUUUUAAAUAUCAUUUAAUUAAGAAUUUACAAAUUGGAAAAACAUUCAAUUUUUGGCUAUUUUAAUUUAAUAGUUCUCUUGACAUGGUAAAUAACGUAGAACUUCGAAAUUUUGAUUAAGAUAUAUAAUGAUUUUGCGAUAAUAUAUCUUAUAUAUUAUAUAUAAACAAUAUUGGUGAUUAUAAAAGAAUCUUCACACAAUAAAUGAAUUGAAUAUAUAUUGAAUAUAAAUAUGUAUAUAAAUCAAUUAAAUAUAUAUUAAUAAAUAAAAAUAAAUAUUAAUGUAUAUCUCUUUAAAUUAAUAUAAUUAAAACUAAUGGGAUCAUUAGAGUGUUAAGUUCUUGAAUUUGAUCAUAUAUUAACUAUAUACAAUUACAAAAUGAAACUAAUAACAUAAAAUAUAUGUGUUAAAUACUACAAUGAUACUUUAUUAAUUUUAUUAGAUAACUUUUAUUACAUUAAAGAUAUAAAUUGUUUAACAUUCAAAAUCAAUUAUGAAAUAUAAUUAUGAAAACUAUAUAAUAUAAAUGUCAAUUUGACAGAUUGUAUAUUCAAAGCACAAAAGAGUAUAAAACUAAUCAACACUUUAUAAUAGGAAGUAAAAUAACUAUUAAAUAAAUAUUUCAAAUAAUUGAAUAUACUUCAAUAUAAUAUUGUAUAUAUUAUACAUAUUAGUAUAAUAUAAUAUUUCAUUAUAAUAAAUAUUUUGCAUUUACAUAUCAUAUAGAACAUGUAGAAAAUUUUAUUAUUACAAUAUAAUGUUAAUGAAAUUUAUUGAAUGUAUUUGAUGCCUUCUUUAUAUGAAUAUAAAUUACAAUUUUUAAAAAAAUGUUGUAAAUUUAUUCUACAGGUUUCAGUGUAAUGAAUCUAGAAAGAAUAAAUGCAACUAACAAUGUGCCUGCUACAAAGCAGGCAACAAAAAUAUACCAUGUUUCUUCAUCAAAUAAGUCAGUAAAAGCUGGAACUUUAUUAUAAAGAGUAUCAAUAAGUUUCAUAUUAUAAUUUUUACUGUUUAUAGUGUGACUUGCCAUUUUAGAACUAAAUUACUUUUUUUUUUAUUGUAAAAUUCAAAUUUUUUUUAAAAGUAGAUUAUCAAUAAAAAAAUGAUGAAGCUAGGAAGCUUUUCUUUGUUAAAAAAAAGGAUUAGUUGUUUAUAAACUUGUACAUAUGCAAUUGAAAAAAUUUAUACAAUAUUAAAAAGAAAAAUUAAAUAAGAUUUUUAUAACUUGAUUCUCCUUUCUUAUUUUAUAGAUAGAUGUUAAAGAAAGAAUCAGUGUAAUUUUUAUGACUAAGAUUUUUUUAUGAAUUGACAAUGUAGGUUUAAUUUUUUGUGAUGAUUUACAAACAAAGUGAAAGAUCAAAAUUGGGCUGUUUUAAAUAAAUGAUAAAAUUAAUUCUGACAUGUAUAUCUAAGAGUUUAUUUUUUAACUUAUGUUUGCAUUUAUAUUCAAUAUUUUUUUUGAUAUCUCAUAAUCAAAUUGCCAAUAAAUUUAUAAGAAUAGUCCUCUACGUUUAUUUCCUGGUUUAAUUUUAAAUGGCCUCUUCUUUUUCCGUUUUUUCUUUUCGUCUUCAGGUUCAGCUUCAGAAUCACGUGGUGACAAAGGUGUUAUAUGUUUAUUGUAAAGUUCCAAAAUGUUUAAAGUUGUCAAAUUUUCAGCUUUGCAUACUAUUUUAUCACCGGAUACUAAAAGAUACAAAUGCAAGAAUAGGAUAUAAAACAUAUUUUGAGUAAGCUUUUUUAAAAUUUACUUGCAAUUUUAAUUAUUGUACUUAAUUUAACAUUAGUAGUAUAUUUAUAUUCACUUUCAAAAUAUCACAUGAAUAUAUUUUAGUUCCAGAUAAAGCUAAGAACUUUUAAAGUCACAUCUUUAUAUUAAAGAUAAAACAGUGUAAACUAUUGAUUAAGUACAUUUAAAUGAAAGAAUGUUAUAAUACUCACAUAAAUUAAAUGUAAUAGUGGGUUCAGAUAAAUCAGAGACAAUAUGCGGUUUUACAUUGCAACGUGGAUUUGUUGCAAUAAUCUUUGGAGUUGUAAUUUGAAAUAAAAAGUUUCUGUAAAUAUAACACAUGCUCAUUAUAAUCUGUAAUAUUAGAUUAUUAAAUUAUUUUAAAUUUAGCUUUAUAUUUAUAAUUGCAAUUGUAUGAUGGUUUUUUCUUAUCAUUUAUUAUUUUUUAAUCAAUGAUUGUUAUAUCUUUUACUUUACUUGUUUGUAACAUUUUCAGGAAAAAUGGCACAAAUGAAACAACAAUUACCACUUCAAAUGCCAGAUUUAAGUAGUCUUCGCAUAACUACAGCUGUUUCCAUGCUUGGUAAAGCAUAUGGAUGUGGACAAUGUAGCGCUCCCCCACCUGGACCCACAACAAGUUCUUCUGUUGGAGCAGCUGGAGCAACUGGAAGCAGUGUUGUAGCUCCUAGUUCUUUAGGACUUGUUUCCACACAACAAACACACACUCCUCCUCAACCUCCUGAACUGCCAAUGUUUUCAUGUCCUCGGAGACCAAAUAUAGGACGUGAAGGCAGGCCAAUUGUCUUAAGAGCUAAUCACUUCCAAAUAACAAUGCCACGUGGUUAUGUGCACCAUUAUGAUAUUAAUAUUCAACCUGAUAAAUGUCCUCGUAAAGUUAAUAGAGAAAUAAUUGAAACAAUGGUUCAUGCAUAUAGUAAAAUAUUUGGAACUCUUAAGCCUGUAACACUGCCUGGUGAGGGUAAAGAUAGAGUUUUCAGAGUGGUAAUAAAAUGGGUGGCUCAAGUUUCAUUGUUUGCUUUAGAAGAAGCUUUAGAAGGACGUACUAGACAAAUUCCAUAUGAUGCUAUACUUGCUUUAGAUGUUGUAAUGAGGCAUUUACCAUCUAUGACAUAUACUCCAGUAGGUAGAUCAUUCUUUAGUACACCAGAUGGAUAUUAUCAUCCAUUAGGUGGUGGUAGAGAAGUUUGGUUUGGCUUUCAUCAAUCUGUUAGGCCAUCUCAAUGGAAAAUGAUGCUAAAUAUUGAUGUUUCUGCAACUGCAUUUUAUAAAGCACAACCUGUCAUAGAAUUUAUGUGUGAAGUAUUAGACAUUCGGGACAUAGGUGAUCAAAAGAGACCUUUAACAGAUUCUCAACGAGUUAAAUUUACCAAAGAAAUUAAAGGACUUAAAAUUGAAAUCACACACUGUGGGACGAUGAGGCGAAAAUACAGAGUCUGUAAUAUUGUCGCUGGACAACGUUGCAUCAAAAAAUUGACUGAUAUGCAGACUUCUACUAUGAUAAAAGCUACAGCUCGCUCUGCUCCAGAUCGUGAACGAGAAAUAAAUAACUUAGUUAGAAGAGCUGACUUUAAUAAUGAUUCAUAUGUUCAAGAGUUUGGUCUGACAAUAUCAAACAAUAUGAUGGAAGUUAGGGGUCGUGUUUUGCCUCCACCCAAGCUACAGUACGGAGGGCGCGUAAGUUCCCUCAGUGGACAGACGAAGCAACAAGCUAUACCUAAUGGUGGUGUUUGGGAUAUGCGUGGAAAACAGUUUUUCACUGGUGUGGAAAUUAGGGUUUGGGCAAUUGCUUGUUUUGCUCCACAAAGAACUGUACGCGAUGAUGCAAUACGUAAUUUUAUAGCACAAUUACAAAGAAUAAGCAAUGAUGCUGGAAUGCCAAUUAUUGGGCAACCAUGUUUUUGUAAAUAUGCUACUGGGCCAGAUCAAGUAGAGCCCAUGUUUAGAUAUCUUAAAGCAACAUUUUCAUCAUUACAACUUGUUUGUGUUAUAUUACCUGGAAAAACACCUGUAUAUGCUGAAGUUAAAAGAGUAGGAGAUACGUUAUUGGGUAUGGCAACACAAUGUGUACAAGCGAAAAAUGUUAAUAAAACGUCACCUCAGACAUUGUCGAAUUUAUGUUUAAAAAUUAAUGUAAAAUUAGGUGGUAUUAAUAGUAUUUUAGUACCUACUAUUAGACCGAAAGUAUUUGACGAACCUGUUAUAUUCUUUGGAGCUGAUGUAACUCAUCCUCCUGCUGGAGAUAACAAAAAACCUAGCAUAGCAGCAGUAGUUGCUAGUAUGGAUGCUCAUCCAUCUCGGUAUGCAGCUACUGUUAGAGUUCAACAACAUAGACAAGAAAUUAUUCAGGAACUUAGUUCAAUGGUGAGGGAACUUCUUCUCAUGUUCUACAAAAGUACUGGAGGAUAUAAACCACUUAGGAUAAUUCUUUAUCGCGAUGGCGUCUCCGAAGGCCAAUUUCUUCAUGUUCUGCAACACGAAUUAACUGCCAUUCGUGAAGCUUGCAUUAAACUUGAAGCUGAAUAUAGACCUGGAAUAACAUUUGUUGUAGUUCAGAAGAGACAUCACACUCGUCUAUUUUGUUCAGAAAAAAGAGAUCAAAGUGGUAAAAGUGGAAAUAUUCCAGCUGGCACAACAGUUGAUGUUUGUAUAACACAUCCAACUGAAUUUGAUUUUUAUUUAUGUAGUCACCAAGGCAUACAGGGCACAUCACGACCAUCACAUUAUCAUGUUUUAUGGGAUGAUAAUCGUUUUGAAAGUGAUGAAUUACAAUCUCUAACUUAUCAACUAUGUCACACGUAUGUCAGAUGUACGAGAUCUGUUAGUAUACCUGCACCAGCAUAUUAUGCUCAUCUCGUAGCAUUCCGAGCCAGGUAUCAUUUGGUAGAAAAAGAGCAUGAUAGGUACGUAUUUUAUUAUUUGAUAUCGAUAUUAUGAAAAUUUUUUUUCAAUUAUUAUUAAUUUACCGUAAUGAGAAAUUACUAUUAUAAAAUUGAAUAUAUCGUGAAACUUUAUUGUUGUGAACAUUCAUGAAACUUAAUAUAUGGUUAAAGAAUCUGAAAAUAAUAAAUAAAUACGCAUUCAUUAUCAUUUUUGAGAAAAAUAGUGGUUAAUGCUAAAUUCAAUAUAAAUUAGUAAAAUUUACAAUAGUAUUAUUUUUUAAGAUGGAUACUUGUUAAUAGAAGAAAUAUCCACUUAUACAGGAUUAUAUACAAUACUUUAGAAAAAUAAAUCACACAAAUUUAUUACAAUAAGAAUUUCUAGUCAUUUUUACAAUACUAAACGUUGAAUAUUAAAGAAUUAUUAAUUUAAUAAUAGUUUUAUCAGUUACAUUUAUGAGUUCUAUUUAUGUCUAUUAUUUAUUCGUGCUUUUAUUUACUUUUAUUUUAUUUGCUUCUAAGUUUUUCUUAUAUACUUAUUUCAAAUUUGUUCCCAUAAAAUUAUACCACGAUUGAAUAUCAGUCUAUAAUAACAAGAAUCAAAUGAACUUAUAGCAUUCAAUAAGGAAAAAUCCUGAAAAUUCUAUAAACUAAAAAAAAUGAAGAUCUAGAAUAAUAAAACUUUAUUUGUUAAUUAUAGACAUAGAGAUGGCUGAAAAUAAAAGUUGAAAGAACAUACUCAAUAUGUUGUAAAAAAUUUUGUUAAUAUAUGAUAAUUAUACUUUAAUUAUAGUAUUAAAAACUUCUAUAUGAACAUAUAUAAGAAAAAAUACAAAUUAAUUAAAUUUUUAUCAGUUCAAUUUAUUGAAAUAUUAAAUAAAAACUUCAAUAUUUUUACAUGUAAAUGUAUAUUUUAAUUUAUUUAUACGUAUACUUGUUACUUUUAUGUUUAUUACUUAUAAUACUUAUUUACUUUUAUGUUUAUUACUUAUAAUACUGAUAUAUUGUAUAUUUCAGUGGGGAAGGAUCUCAUCAAUCUGGCUGUAGCGAAGACAGAACACCAGGUGCAAUGGCAAGAGCUAUCACAGUUCAUGCAAACACAAAGCGGGUUAUGUACUUUGCAUAAUUCUUCUUUGAAUUUUUCUUAGACACAUAAAUAAAAUAAUAAAAAUGAUACCGUAAAAUGAUAAUCAUCAUAUCUUGCACGUGGAUAUUUCUAGACUACUUAAAUGUUGGACAAUCUUCUUGAGUGGUCAAUUUUUUUGCUUACUUUUAUAAUCAAAUAAAUCUGUCUAAUACCUAAAAUACGUCGAAUAAUUUUAUAUUAAGCUUUGAUUUUUUUUAAUGUUUUAUUUAAUAUAUUAUCGACUAGGUUUUAGACGGAUUUUUUAACAUGUUAGUAAGUAGUUAUUAAAAAAGGUGCUUUUAGUUAAUCAUGUUUUAGAUUGAUGCAGCUUGACUGAUGGGUCAUUCGCGGUAAAGACCAUACAAAUGAACAAUUUAAAGAAAUCAGCUGCCGUGUAUAUUACGCUUAUUUUUUUUUUUUUUUUUUUUUUUUUUUUAGAGGGUGA